AUGUUCGAACUACCGGUCGUAGAUGAUUACGUUCUGCUUCAUGACGAGCCGUCGGACGUAUACCACUUCCUCAAGGCGUUGUACGACGGAGCACCUGUUCUCAGUCAAUAUUCCUCCGUUGACUUCGAAUCCGUUGCCGCUGUUCUUCGACUCUCCAGCAAGUACUUCGUCGCAGCGCAUCGAGCACAGUGUCUGGCACGUCUCAGCCAGGACUAUCCCACCACACUCGCGGAAUGGGAUCGGCGUGAACGCUUUGCCAUGGACGCCAGAGGGCGUUACCUGCCACGCGAGCUGAUCGCUAGUCCUAUCCUGGUCAUCAACCUCGCCCGCGAACUUGACCUCAACACCUUACUCCCAUCGGCGUUCUAUGACCUCUCGCGUUACGGACCAAGCAAGACAGUUGGUGGGACAGCUGCUCCCCCUGCGCUCAAGCUCAAUUUUUCGGAAUCGCAUGGAGGAACGCAACCCACAGUCCCAAUAAGGAUCCCAGAUUCGACCGCCCGGGCCAAUCUAUCUCCGGCAGACCUUGUAACGCUUCUGGCUGGUCGAGAGGCUGGACAAGCAUGGCUCACGCACUUCCUGGAUCUCUCUGUGGGCGCGCGUUUACCGUCGCUCGCGUGCGUGUACAGGCAGGACGAUUCUCGCGCCUGCCGUGAUUCAUUCACGUUCCUGUUGCUCAAUACACGCCGUGCAAUCGGGGGCAUCGCUAUCGGGCGCGAUGCAGAUCCUCUCUACACGCUGGAUCAAAUGCGCGAGAUGCUACAUCGUUCCGACUUUAGCGACGGCGCGCGAUCGUAUGGGCUUCCAAUGUGUUGUCUCUGCAAGUCCGACUUCCUUUCUGCCGUCGACCACGCUCGAGAGGAGGUUUGGAAGGCGAUCCCACAGUGGUUUGGCCUCGCCCAUCGCUUGCACGCAACGACAGGGGUAGAGGUUGGUGGCCAUUGUUCUCCUGACGUAGUUCAGAUAGGAGCUGAGGUCCUCCGAAGCGUUAUGACCGAAAAUCCGGUGUUAGAGGAAGGCAAGGGUGUAUAA